GACAACGUACAAUCGACUUUGUGACCCCACAUGUCAACCUGUGGAUCAACAUAGAUUCUUGAUAGUGAUACAAAAUAUGGCAGAACGUACAGAUGAAGAGCGGGCGAAGCUCAAGGCAUUCUUAUUCAAGGCGGUCAGCGUGCAAACGGAUGCAGAACCCCAGCUACUGGCAGAUUACCUAUUUGCCUUGAUCGAGAACAAUGCAAACAUCAGCUCGGAUGAACUUUCUCAGGAAAUCUCCGAGUUCGUCGAAACAGAUGCACCUCAACUCGCACAAACACUAUACACCGCGAUCCAUUCCAAAUCCUACCUCUCGCCUACCGCCGGUCCCUCUUCUACCCCGAAUUCGAAAGCAAUUCCGACUGGACCUUCAUCCGCCACGAAAAAGCGAAGACUAUCAGAAUCGGGCGAUGUCGAGAUGACGGAUGCGGGAGCUGGGGGGAACAAAAUUACGAGGUUGAACGAUGGGAACCAGGGAGCGGGUCCCUCAGGGUCAAUUGGGAUGGAUGAAAGGACGAUGGGGCACGAUUCGAACAGAGGCAAGCGAGGACGAGGUGGAGCUGCUUUUGGAAACGGUAUGGAGGGUCACCCAAGGAGAAAGAAGCCUUGCUUCGAUUAUCAUAAUAAAGGCUUCUGUGCACGAGGUAUUCAAUGCCCAUAUGAACAUGGUCCGGAUACUAUGUACAGCAUGCCCGGCGGCGGUAUGCCACCCAUGCCUUUCCCCUUCAUGAUGCCGUUUCCUCCCAACGGCCCAGGCCCGGUAGGACCAGCUGGACCAGGAGGACCCGCACAACAGCAGCAGGAUGGUGCACCCUCGGAGAGUUCUAUGCAGGUAGAUGGAGCGGCACGGGCGGCUGGUAGCCAGGAAUAUUCGCCAGAUCAACCCGGGAUGGCAGGACCUGCGGGACCUUUCCCUGGAAUGGGUUCGCCGAAUGGGGCUGGAAUGUUCCCCUUCCCUCCCGGUGGCCCACCACCCCCCGGGAUGAUGCCAUUCAUAAUGGGAAUGCCGGGCAUGUUCCCACCGUUUGAGCAGGGUGGUGCCAGGGGCAACGGCCGGGGUCGUGGACGAGGCGGAAGAGGGGGUCGUGGUGGUCGAAUGGGAGUCGAGGGUUUCAAUGACUGGGACGGCGAUCUUUCGAACCGACCGCCCAAGGACAACACAUCCACGACACUCGUCGUUGCCGAUAUCCCUGCCGAGCACCUCAACCUCGAAUCCAUCCACAAUCAGUUCAAGCAGUUUGGAACCGUGACCAAUGUCGCCGUGGAGACCCGGGCGAAAAAGGCCUUGGUAGCGUUUUCGACAAACCGGGAAGCUCACGCGGCGUGGUUGAGCAAGGAAUCGUUCUUUGGCGAUCGACACGUCAAGAUCCUCUGGCACCGUCCACGAGAGGGUCAAGGCGAGGUCGGACAGAAGGCGUUGAACGAUUCGGCGCCGUUGUUGGAAAACCUACGAAAAAUCGAUCGGGAGGGCAUAGAAGCGUUCCAGAGCGCUGGCAAGUCUGCAUCAACCUCUACGUUGCCGACCGUCGACCCGGAGAUUAAGGCCCAACUGGCCGAAGUCCGAGAACGAGGACUCAAGCUGGAAAAGAUCGUCGCUGAACAGAAAGUCCUGAUGGUUCGACUCGAGGGCACGAAGGAUGCCGAGGAGAAGACCAAAUUGAAGACGAGGCUCAAAGAGCUUAUCGGCGAAUCGAGCGUGAUCAAACAGGCCAACGCCGGGAUCGACGUGGAAAAGCUUCAAGGGAUCAUCGAGGCGCAGACCAAGGCGAGGGAAGAAGCGUUGGCAAAGAAGCGAGAACAGAGUCGGGUGCAGAGUAGGCCUCAGGAUGGCGUGCACAGUAUACAGGAGAUGCUAGAUCACGAGAUGGAGGAGCAUAAUAUCCAGGCGCAGUUGGAGGGGAGCAAGGACAAGAAGGACGAAGAGGUCGAUGAGGAGACGCUCAAGCUGAGGGCUCAACUGGCGGCUUUGAAGAAUCAGGCUUCGAGCAUGGGCAUCAACCCGGACGCAGCGUCUUAUCAACCUCGAGGAGGCUACCGUGGUCGAGGAGGCAACAAUUACCGCGGAUCGACCCGGGGCGGCGCCAACCCCGGAGUAAAUCGCUCGCUGAAGCUCGACAAUCGACCCAAAGCUCUGGCCGUGGCUGGACCGGCCGUCACUUCGGAUCAGGCGGAGACGAUGAGACAGGUCAAGGAGUGGUUUGCUGAUUUCUCGGAUGUCUUGGCAAGAGAGCCGGUGGUUGUCGAGGACAAGGUGGUCGUUCAGUUUACGAACCGAGGGUCGGCCGAGACGGCAAUGGCGAUGGGAACCAUGAUCCCGGCAAUUUCACCACCCGUCACAAUCGGUUGGCAUACCGCUCCGUUACCCCAGUCUCCUGUGACUGCAAUCGGAGCCGGGAUGGAGGGAAUCGAGACGACGGCCGUGGCCACCGAAGCAAGGCAGAGGGAGGUGACGCGAGGAGAGAGGGAUGCCGACGAGUAGAAGCAGAUCAUUGGGGAUCUCUGUUCGGUCUUGUUUGAUAUCAUCGGCAUGUAAGGUAGCAUUGUAAUGAUCGGCUGGUUGGUGAAUACCAUAUUCGAGACCUUGACUCUUGGCAUAUCAGAACGUGCAGCCAAUGUUCUUGAGAGUCACGUGAUGGUAUUUCGCGGACGCGCUUAUCAGAUUGUGACGGGAAAUGGGAU